AUGGAAGAAACACAAAAAGGAACGCGCAUAGGGCCGCUGCCUGGGGGUCGCCGGGGCGCGUCUGGAGCUGGCGCUGGACGCGGCAGCAUGCGGGCCGCCAGCCGAGCGCGAGGAGCUGCACGAUCACCUAGCAGCCCCUCGCAUCCAUCAUCCCCACCAGAAGGCUUGGUGUCGGCUGGGUCUUCUCGGACCCAGCAAGCGGCACCCGCCGCUGGUGGAGCACGUCGCAUGCGUUGGACAAAAUCCAUGAACGAAAACGCAUUGCGGGCGUACUAUAGGGCGAAAGGGGAAGAAACUGUGGGAAUAGCGUAUAGGUCUCGGAUGCAUUGCUUUUUUGCUGAGCUGGAGCCGUCUAUCCCCGUCACGGAACAAAACCUGGCAGACCGAGUUCGGUACAUCAUGCGCUCGAAAAUAUUUGAUGAUGCCGAACUCGAACGACUACGACGUGAGGCUAUUCCGUCGUCGAAUGAAUCGGCUAUGGCUGGAGAUGCAGCUCCACAUUCGACAGACCAGCAUCCACACGUGGAAGCCGCCAUGGAUCUUCCAGUUGUGGUUGAUUCGAACGACGAUGAAAUAGUCUCCCACGAACUAGAGCAAAUGAGGAGUAUAUUGGAAGAGGCGAUUUUGAAAACGCGCAGCACCCCUCUCGAAAAUCGACCGCGACUUCCCCCGCAUACCCUUAAGCAAGCGAAAUCGGGCUGUCGUGAGGGCUCUUAA